CGAGGCGGAGGGGACGAUGGAGAAUUUCACAGCGCUUUUCGGCGCUCAGGCUGACCCACCACCACCCCCAACCGCACUCAGCUUCGGACCAGGAAAACCUCCACCCCCGCCUCCGCCUCCUCCGGGUGGGGGACCCGGCACGGCCCCGCCUCCCACCUCAGCCACGGCUCCUCCCGGCGCGGACAAGUCAGUGGCUGGUUGUGGCCCCUUCUAUUUAAUGAGGGAACUGCCAGGUAGCACAGAGCUGACAGGCAGCACCAAUCUCAUCACGCACUACAACCUGGAACAUGCCUAUAAUAAAUUCUGUGGGAAGAAGGUGAAGGAGAAGCUAAGUAACUUCCUGCCCGACCUACCAGGGAUGAUUGAUCUGCCUGGUUCCCAUGAUAACAGCAGCCUCCGCUCCCUCAUUGAGAAGCCCCCUAUUCUUGGUGGCUCUUUUAAUCCUAUCACAGGGACCAUGCUGGCUGGCUUCCGCCUCCACACUGGCCCGUUGCCAGAGCAGUGUCGUUUGAUGCAUAUUCAGCCUCCCAAAAAGAAGAAUAAGCAUAAGCACAAACAGAGCCGUACCCAGGAUCCUGUCCCCCCAGUUAAACCCAGUGAAGUUCCUUAGAGCCCUGGAUUCCCAAAUUCUCCUGAAAUAAUAACUGAUGUACUGGGGUCUCUUGGGCAAGUAGGGAGUUGGGACAAGGACUCUAACAGUGUCUCUGUAUCCUUUUCUGGCCAUUUAGAAAAAAAGCAAUUGUCCUGAGUUGGGGUUUUCCUGUAGUAUUGAGUUCACAGCAGUAGAGUAUUUUGAACUCUACAGGUGAUAGGCACCCAAUGUCUCCUACAGAAACACCAUCCGAUUCGGAUCACAAGAAGAAGAAAAAGAAAAAAGAAGAGGAUCCUGAACGGAAAAGGAAGAAGAAAGAGAAGAAGAAAAAGAAGGUAGGGUAGGGGCAUGUUGCUGCAGCCCAGUGAGUUUCCCCACAUAUCAUCCCUGUCCUUAGAGUUCUUUGCCUCAGGUUGGACCCAAGAUUGAAAACCCAGGGCAGGUUGCAGUUUUUCCUGUACAGUCCUGGUCAGGGCCAAGGCUAGUUCCUAGUUGUUCUUACUCCCCCUCCUUUGUCUUCCGCAGAACCGACAUAGUCCAGACCACCCAGGUAUGGGUAGCUCCCAGGCCAGCAGCAGCAGCAGCCUCCGCUAACAGGACCACUGGACUCUGCCAGGAUGGCUUUUCCUGCUGUACUGAACCUGACAAAAACUGCCUUCCAGGCUCUUGGACACUCCCUUGGGAGCAUCUUGUAGCUGGGGUAGGGGCUAACCCCUGCUGUGUUCGGUUGAGAUUAAAAUGUGAGAAGAGAAGGGCCAUGCUAUUGUAAGGCUUAGCCUAAUUGGCUUUCUCAUGGACAUCUCUUCCUCUCUCAGAAAGCUCUCUUUUCCCCUCCUUUGUGCAACUUUUCUGAUUUAGGAAUUGAUUUGUUAGGGUUUUUCUUUAAAAAAAAAAUUACAUUUAUCAAAUUGGCUAAAAUGUGGCUGCCUGUUAAGAGGUACCUUUCUAUGAGAGUCAGGGUUUAAGACAAGACACUGCUAAGAUCUGAGGGAAUCUGGGUCUUUUCACUGCAUUAUCUCAUUAGCAGGCAAGGAACCCCCCAAAAUGAGAUUGGGGAAUAUGCUCCAAAUGUGAGGCAGAAAUGUCAAUACUUUCCCACAGCAGACACAACUCUGCCGAUAAUGUUGAGAACCAAGUGCCAGGAUUAUAUUCAGGCUUCACCUGAAGAGCUGUUUUAGGUAGGGCUCAACAGUGUUCUAGCUCAAUUUUGUGUUGAAAACAGAAUAGCCAACUGAAAAAGCACCCACAGUAACCAGUGUAUUUGAAUAAGAUUGGUUCUUAGGUCAGAAGCCUGUGAUCUUUUGAAAUGAACCUCUGGCAAGCAAAAGUAAAUGUUUCCCUUGUCUUUGUAAGAACUUUUGACUUGGCUCAUUCCUUAGUUAAGACAAUAAAAUUAUUUGGCUGAUGUGAAAA